AUGGCGGCGUUGCGGUGGUUCUCGAAGCUCCGAACCAAUCCAAUAAUCAACAUCCACACAGCUACUUACGGAACCAUCUCCAAAGAUUUACGCGAUUUAAAACUCAAUACAGUUGUAAAUCUGUUUGAAUCUUUCGGGUUCUCACAAGCCCAUGUUGACAGAAUCUUGCUUGUGAAACCCACUCGUCUUCUCAGCCCCCGACUCCUUAAACCCAAGCUCCAAUUCUUACAAUCUAUUUUCAACCAAUCUGAUUCUGACGUUGUCAAGAUUGUUAACAAAACCCCACAUGUACUAAAAAGGAGUUUGAAGAAUCACUUGGUCCCAAUUUUCGAUUUGCUCAAGUCGAUUACUGGUAGUCAUCAGAAUGCUGCUGCUAGUAUUAUGAGCAACCCCUUUGUGCUUACGUACUCUAUUUCGACAGAUUUGUUGCGGAAUAUUGAGCUGUUGCAGAGGAUUGGGGUGCCUGAGGAUCAGGUUUUGAAGUUUAUUACGGGGUACGGGCAAGUUAGUGGGAAGAAACAUGAUAAGUUCUGUAAGGUUGUUGAGAAGGUUAGGGAUAUGGGGUUUGAUGUUUCUUCGUAUAGCUUUCGUCGGGCUGUAAAUACUAUGUGUCUUAUUAGCGAUGAGACUUGGGAAGCUAAAUGUAAGGUUUAUAGAAGCUUUGGGUUUUCGGAUGAUGAGAUUGUUUUGAUGUUUAAGAAGCUGCCGGCUGUUGUUGCUUAUUCGGAGAAAAGGAUUAGACAAGUGGUGGGAUUUUAUGUUGAGAAGUUGGGAUGGCCUCAGUCUAGGUUAGCGGUUAUGCCAUAUGUGACUGCGUUUAGCUUGGAGAAAAGGAUUGUACCAAGAUGUUCAGUUUUGCAGGCUUUGGAGUCGAGAAAAUCAAUAACUAGUAAGUUAGGUUUAUAUCAAAUAUUGGUGAUGGCUGAUAGUGCAUUUUUGGAGAAAUAUGUCAUUGCACACAUCGUUGAAGUUCCGGAUGUAAUGGAUGCUUACACAGGCAAGUUGAGGUUUGAUGAAUACAACUUUAGAUGCAGAUUUUGA